AUUUAAAAUGACACGUUAGGGUGUUUCUUUUGUACUCUCACCUCCCACCCAUGUCAUGUGGCACGACGCUCCAUCCAAUCAGCGAGAUGAGGAGAACACCCACUCUCCAGAAACUGAAUGCGGGUUUGGCGCAAUAUAAAUACCACUUGUGAUACACCGGCAAGUAUUGGUCGCGAGGAAGCUCAGGGUUGCAGCAGUGCAUCAAUUGUGCAUCAAUUAUUUUCUUUCCAUUACAAAGACCAGCACCCAUACUUUCUUUUCUUCUCUUCCCAGUUUUAGUUCAUUCCAGGCCAGUUGCAUGCAUUGUAUGUCUGCCAAAAUGGUUUGCGAAACUAAAAUCGUUGCAGACGAACACGAGGCCAUAGCUGGGAGCAAAAAAGAUUCAAUGAUCGUUUCCUCCUCGCAAAUGUGGACGUCUUCUCCCAGUGCGCACGAGAGAAAGGAUGAAAAACGGAAUCAGGUUUUUAUCCGCGAGUUUGAACAUUCUGACCAUGAGGAGGUGCGCCGGAUCUUCAACGAGGGAAUCAUGGAGCGCAUACCAAAUUCGGCAUUUCGGGGUCUAAAACAGCAAACUAAAAUCCAGUUUAUCUACGCCUUUCUCACAGUAAUGUGCUAUGUUAUGACCAAAUCCUUCAUACUGACCUUCUGCACACCCUUUAUUCUCAUGGGUGCACGUUAUUACUACAGCAGAAAUUUCAUACUCAACUACCUGGACUGCGCUCUGCACACUGAUAUGGCUGACAUAGAGGCAUAUUACAUGAAACCCACAGGCUCUUGUUUCUGGGUGGCAGUUUUGCAAGGCCAGGUGGUGGGAAUCGUAGCAGCGCAUGGUAGAGAAGAUGACAACACAGUUGAACUUCGUCGCAUGUCUGUGGACUCUCGUUUUCGUGGUAAAGGCAUUGCCAAGGCUCUGGGUCGACGUGUUCUAGAGUUUGCCAUGUUAAACAACUACUCGGCCGUGGUUCUGGGAACGACUGCAGUCAAGAUGGCCGCCCACAAGCUGUACGAGUCAUUGGGUUUCCGGCGAGUGGGAGAGAAUGAGGACUACACGCUGCCAGGGAUGACCCGUUCACUGCUGGAGAGGCUCUUCUUCCAGAUCCGCUACAGCCGGUACAGAUUACAGCUUAACGAAGAGUGAGAGACAGAGAGUUAACUUGAGCGUGCAAGAUAGAAUAUAAACGAAGUCGCUGGCAAUGACCCUGAACCUCCCACUGAUCCGGUCCUCUUCUACCUGUUUAUUUAUGUUUUUUUUUUGUUUUUUUUUAAAGAGUCAUAUCUGUUCCUACAACUUUUAUUUUUAUUAAUUCUUAUUUUGAUUCUUAUUUGUAUUGUUAUAUACAUUUUUAAGGGGGUUUAGUGGACGUUUCAUUCCUUUGAUCACACUAGAAGUUUCUACACUUAGUCUUUCUUUUUAUAGUCAUCUUGCCACCUUAAAACACCAUAAACAAGUAAAUAGCUCUUUUUUUAUUUUAUGUUGUUAGGAUAUGACUGGAAAUUUGUUUACAGUGACAAAUAUCCCUCUAAAAACAUUCUGCCUCUGACCCUGAUCCACAGAGUAGCACAGACCAAUCUUAAAGAUCAUCAAGCAGUGGACGCAGGGACUAGAGGGAUGGAGGAAGUAAACUUUGAUCCACCUUUUCUGAUGCUACAGUCCUCUUUUGGCAACAUUAGCAGUCUGGUGGAAUCAAACAGUCCAUAAAAUUUGAAUUUUUAGUCCGAAGCACAGCAUGUCUCAUUUAACUGUGUCUAUCUAACAAACAAAAAAGAAAGCUCAAAAUCUGGUGAGUAUUAAAAAGCCAGUGAUUUAUAUCCCAAAGCUCCUAGUGUUGGUUGAGCAGGUUCCCAGUGUUAAGCCACAGUAUCUUAGAAACCACAAGAAAGAAAUUAAAGUUCUUUCAUGUUGAAGAAAAAUCUUUAUCUACACUUUUGGCUGACAUUAAAGUUGCAGUCAGUGAAAUAUAAGUUUACAGAAGUAAUUAAUUGUUGUUAAAAUCUAAAUUUAUUUUAAAUAAACACCUGUCAUAUACUUUAAAAAUCUGAAUUAAUAUAUAGCCAUCAUGGAACCAAUUUGAGCACAUACAGUAUCUAUUUUUGUACUGAUUUAAUCAAGCUUUAAUAGCCAUUUGAUUUAAAUUUUGUAAACUUUGUGGAUAAUUUCACCCUUCAGUUUGGGGAGAAAAUAGCAUUUAAAACAAAAUUUCUGAAUUGUAGUCAUGUUUCCCCAUCUGAUAUUGCUCCUUCACUGCAAUAUCUAAAAUCUGAUUAUAAAAAAACUAAAAUGUAGAAAAACAGAUGCAAUCAAAUAUGACUCCAACAGUAUUCAAAUUAAACUUGGGUGGCAUAAUAGCUGCAGUCUGAUGAUGGAAUGUAAAUUAAACUGAGCACAAAUCUAAAUUUGGAUAAAUAUAAAAAAUUGACUUUACAAGUAUUCAAUAUAGAAGGCUUCAUAUUCUGCAACUAAUCAAUGUAUACAUAAAAUGUUUGAAUACGUAUUAAUGACACCCAUAAUCUCUCGCCGUUUCCAUUCUUCUAUCACAGUACCAGCAGAGGGAGAGAUAUAAACCACAAUGAGCCUCAUCUGUGACAUACUGUUGUAUAAAGUUAAGCAACUAAAUGUGAUUAAAAAUACAUAGAAGUAACUUGUAGUGCAAAAAACAUGAACCUCGUUAGUUUUCCUUGACUUGACUUUAACCCCAACCCCUUUAAAAAAUCUGACUGCAACCCUGGGCCAGACCCCUCCCUCCCUUACAUGCCCACCCUUCAACCCCAUCCCCAUAUCUGCAUGCACCACUGAGUCUUGUUGUGCUGCCUCUUUCCAUUCUAGCUUGUACUAUCCCCAUACUUCCGUCUUUGAUGUCACAGUAGCAGUGUGGAAAUCGCUUAGAAUGUGAGAUGGGCAGGGUCGGCCAAAUACUAGGACUACCUAAAAGCUUGCUGCUUCAAUGACAUCACAGCUUUCAAUAGUAGAAUGCAAGAGCAAUGCAAAUGUGUGGCAUGCCUCUGUACCUGGUUUGUGCAUACAGUGCCUGCCAUGGAGAAGUAAACUAUAUUUAAAAUAUGUAAAACAAGCUUCUUUUUUAACUGAACAUAUAACAAAAACGUGUGUUUCAUUGUUCAAAGAAUUUGUUGCAUGAAACGUCUUUGAAUGAAAAAUGAGCAAGAAAAUACCAUCUUUCACAUGGCAAGUCUUAAAAGUGAAACUGUUUCUUUUUUUUUUUCUUUUUUUUUUUUUUAAUGUAAUUUCAGUUUGUUUAAACAUUUUUAGGCUGGAUAUCAUCUCAUUUUAGGGUAUUGUGAGAUGUCUUUUUUGUCUUAAGAAGGCCUUGAUUUAUCUGAAUGCGCUGUUUUAAUUACAGAUAAGUUUGGUGAUGCUUCUCACUUUAUUUGUGAGGGUGUCCCUACUAGAAAGCAGUUCUCUUUGACACAACUUUGCCAGUUGCGUGUGCCAGUCAAAUUAGACAUCUAAUUUGUCUCACCUGUCUCCCUUAAAAUUGACUUCUUAUUUAAUGGCCAGUUAAGCUGUAUUAAAAUGCAUUGACAUCCUUAAGAGGAAGGUUCUGGGGGGAUAAAAUCUGUGAUAUGCUGUUUAAACUAUCGACUUGAAUACUGCCUGUGUAAACCCAAAGCCAACAAGCUAAAGAUCCCACUUGUAUAGAGCAUUACGUAAGGUCUUCUGAAACAUGUGUUCUAAAUUGUGAAAAGCCUAGUACUCUUAUGUGAGACAAUACUAAAAAACAAACCUCAUAUGUAGUAUAAAAAUAUUUUCUACUAUCAGGAGUUCCUCAGAUACAGGCUUUACUCUAUUCCACUUUUGGGAUCAAAUUAUCCAUGGUUAUUGUCCAAUCAACAGUAAAAACACACAAAUGUCUGCAUCUCAUUAUUUUGAAUGGGAUUAACCACAGUGCUGUCAGAUGUGAAUGUACAUGUCAAUCAGAAAUGUAGUACGUUUUUCAAAGAUUUAGAUUUGAACAGUGUUUGAAGAACUUGGGGUCUUUUGCUAUGAGUGUUAAUAUUCUUCUGUAGUUCAUCUGCCUUGACUUAAAAAUCCUUAUAUUAUUAUUCUGAAUGCAGUUAGCAUGGGAUUGGGGAUUACAGGUAUAAGGUGCAUGUAUUGUUGCCAGAUUAAAGAGAGCCUUGAGGCCCGGUAUACUUCGUUUUUGUGCGGUCUAGAUUGGAUCAUGCCCGGUCGACCGUGUUGCUUUUGAAAGUAUACUCUACUGACCACAAGCGAAUAAGAACGCAUUCGACACAUGCCCACUACAACUGCUUUGAGAUACUCUUUUGCUACAGUCAACGGCAGGUGCAUGUGCCGACGAUGCGCACAGACAAGGACUGUCCACGUGUUGAGAAAAUCCAAGUAGGUAUAGCUGCAGUCCGGAGAUCUCCAAAUGGGGGGCGGAAUCUCCAAAAGAGGGUGGGAUUACUCCAGAAGGGGGUGGGGUAACUCCAAAUGGGGGUGUCACUUCCACACAUGGUUAAGGUUAGGUGAGGGACUUCUAUUUAUUUGCUGGCAGAUUGGGGUUCCUAGCCCUUUUUGGAACACUGCCUGCAGCUAUAUCCUUCUCAGCAACACAGAAAACCGAAGUAUACUUUGGCCUUUACUGUAAUGUUAGAUUGUUGUAUUGCAAGAAUACCAUGAUCACUGCUUGUGUUUAACUAAUCUGUUGACCAGUCCCUGAUCAUGCUACUAGUUUUGCACAUGCUAAAACUUUUGCACAUGCUGAAGGCUGAAUUAAAUUGGAUGUAUGUAUACAGUUAGUGUGAUAUGUGCUAGGUUAAGGGUUUAAACUAGUGAUUCAGAAGCAGCUAAAAGAAACAUUAAUGGGGUUUAAAGGUCACUAGGUUGUGAUUGGCUAAUGGAUUUCUCUGAAAGUAAUUUUUGUUUUUGUUUUUUGACAGAGUUCUACUCAUAUGUCAAAAGUCCCACAGAAUUAAAGUGCAUCCUUUUUAUAUAAAUUUCUAGUGUGUUAUAAGAAGAGUUAUCGAUGACGAUAAUAAUAUAAGGCAUUUAGAUUGACCUUGGUAACCUGCAUAGAGAUGGCUGCUACAAUGUUUCACUUUACAGAAGAUAGGGAUGUCAGGGAAGAUCCACAAUGGUAGAAAAACUUGUUUCAUCACUGUCACUCUUUAGGUGAUAUAUGGUACAAGCUAACAAACCAAAGUGUGGAGCUGCUCCCAUUGUACAAUUAUUUUCUUUUAUUGGUUAAUUUUUAAGUUAUCUCUUUUUACUAAGAGUUUGUCUAACAUGCUUAUGUAUGAUCCACUAUAAUGUAUCAUUAUUACUAUUUUUAAAGGUUAAAUUUGCCAAAGUUGGGAUGUUUGCUGUAUUUUGUUAUUUUGCUGUUUGUCUUUUAGAUGUACAGUUAUUGCCACAACUCCAUAUUUAUAGGAUUCAUUUGGAACUCAAGCCCAAUGUGCCAUUUGAUUAAGCAAUAAUACAAAGUAUCACAGUAAAAAAAAACAUGAGAUUAUAAAAGUGAUAAAAUGUUGCAUUCAUGUUCAAUCCAUCAUACUUUACUGGUGGCAUUCACUAAGAUGUUAUUAGUAUUGGCACAGCAACGUUGCCACAGACAAGCAAAGGCCUGAGAAGAAGUGAAUGCAAUUUUUUUUUUUUUUGUAUAUCUUAUUUUCAUUAUUUUAUAUUUCAGUGUUUCUAAUGGCAACUAACAUGUUUACUUGUAACUUGAAGAUGAAUUCUUUAGUUUACGGUGGCUUAUUAUUGUGUUUGUGUGUACUGAUUCCCCAAAAAUAAGUGAAAACUUUGUGACUAACUGAUGUCGGGCCUUUGAAAGUUGUGCCUAGCUCUGAACCGUGAUUGGUAAGUUUCGAAUAUCCAAAGUCUCCUAAUUCACAGGGAGUGCAGUCUAAAGCAAUCUGCUCCUGUUGCAUUUAUCACAACAGAGAAGUCAACACUACAAAAUUUCAAGCUUUUAAGAUUUUUCUUGAAGACAAAAAGAAUGAUCCUUUUUUAUUAACAUUUUAAUGGUAAAGUUGUAAAAUGUAAUUUCCUGUAAAUAGCAUUUGGGGACGUUUUAUGAUAAUUUUGUAACAGAAACUAUAUGAAUAUAAUUACUGUACUUAUUUUAAGAUGUUUACAAAAAAAUGACACACUUUGGAAAACUACUGCAAACUGAGACACAAUUUUAAUUUAUACAAUCAGCUCACAUCUGUGCCAAUCAGAGCAAACACAACUUUCAGAUUCCCUGCCAUCCUCUUAGCACUGAACUUAUUAGCGGCUCUUAGAAGCAUUGCAAACUGCAGGUGGGUUACAAAUGAUAGCAAAUUACUCUAGUUUAUGGGUAAAUCAUUGGGAAUACUUUGGAAAUGUAAGGCACUUAUGAGGUAACUUCAGAAGUUUGUAAUACUUAUUUUCGUUUCUCAAGAUAAACUCAUGUUUACAGUUUCUGGAGUAAGUUGGCUUCAUUUGUGCCAUUCAUGUCAGCGAGCUGAAUACAUUUCAGUUGUUGUCUGCCUGUAACUAUGGAAACAAGGCCACACAAAGCACAGCAGGAAAAUUAUAUGCAGCCACACACAGGGGCGGGGUCAGUUGCCACACAUUGGGGUGGGUCUAAUAUAGGGUUGGAAAUUAUAUGAUAAUGAGGUUGAAAGUUCUGGGUAGUGGAGAAUGCAGUUUAGGGAAGGAAAGAGGAGGUUUGGAGGUUUUGGCAUGGCAAAUCUGACCUUGCUUUACCUGUUUGGUCGCAGUGAUCACCUGGUUCAAUUAGUUUGAAAUAAUUGUACUGCCUUGGUUUCUUUAGAUGUCCUUUUGUAGUAUUUCUAUUUUAUUUGCUGUAUACUUUGCCCCCUUCUUUUUCUUUCAUUUUUUUUUUUUUUUUUUUUUUUUAACACAGGAACUUUGUAAAGAUAUAAAGAAAAGUUUUCCUGAUUUAUGAAAGGAAAGGAUGUACAUACUGUAUCGAUUAAAGGAAUGAUGCAUAAAGCUUGUACAAA